UUUAGUUUGACUUCCUUGAUUGUUUCUAUAUUUUUGCAAAAUAAUUUAAAUUCUAAUUCUGAGAUAUGUUUUAAUGUUUGGUUCCAUUUAUUUGGUAUGUAUAUUUCCUUAAUUCUUGUAAUGGUAUUAUAAAAAGAGCUACUGCCCUUUUUAUCUUUAACAAGUAAUCUUAAGUAUGGGUUAAUAUCUACGUUGUAUUUGUGGACAGUUGUUUUAUUAUUUUUUAUCUUUUCUUUCCAUUCGUUUGGUAUAUUAUUCAUAAUUCUAUGUAGGUCUAAAAAUGUACCAUUUACUGAAUAUAUACGUUUUAACUCAUCUAUCGUGUAUCGUCAUCUUUUGAUUUUUUAUUGUUUUUUUUUUUCUUUUUUUUUCUUCUUUUUUACUUUUGGUGUUGAGCAAUAGACCGGUCAGUAGCACAAACUAUGGACCGCCGAUUUAUAUUAGAAGUCAUGGACUAUUAUAGUAUCUUUAAAGCUAAAUGCAUAACAGAAUUUGAUAAAUAUUUCUUUUCUUUUUUUACUGUAAUAUAUAUUAUACAGCUCAAAAAAGUCAAAAAUUUUCGUGUUCAAAAUUAACAUAACUGGUCAGAAAUUUCAUGCAUUCGUACACACUCAAUUUUAUAAGUGGAUUUAUUCCAGAUUUAGCAGCGGGAUCAAAAGGGACAAAAGAUGAAAACAGAGAACACAAUAAACUUGAUACAGACAAAACGAUAGGAAAGCUGGACCUUCAACAGUUUAUCACCAACCAUUCGAGACAGAGGCGUCAGCGGACGUCGUUUACACCAUGUCAACUGGCAGCACUUGAAGAGCUAUUUGCGAGGACACAUUAUCCCGACAUCUUUGUGCGAGAGGAACUGGCCACCAAGAUAAACCUUUGCGAGGCUCGAGUACAGGUAUGGUUUCAAAACAGACGAGCUAAAUGGCGCAAAGAACUACGGAAGACUGGAAGCAACGCUGGAUUAAGAUAUUACAAUCAUAUGCCAAUAAACGAUACUGUGGCUGCAGAUCUGAACCGGCGACUUCGUCAGAACGCCUCAUGUGGGCCACCAGUGAUGCCGCCCUUUUUUAGUGGUAUGGGAUUACACGAUAACUCCAUGCAGGAUUUUUGGUAUUCGCACGCUUUAAGAUAUUCAGGACUCUUUGACAGGUGUCCACCGGGCGGUGACAUCCGAAAUCAGCACCACCAUAAUCUUCACACACCGACAAAAUGAAACACCUGUCAAUUUGUGCUACUGAUUAUGAUCAUGAACUUAACUUCAACCAUCUGACAACAGCAAGCGUUUGACAACCAUGAACUCUACCUUCCACCAACUGACAACAGCAAGCGUUUGACAACAAUGAACACUAUUUUUCACCAUCUGACAAUAGCAAGCGUUUGACAACCAUGAAUUCUACCUUCUACCAACUGACAACAGCAAGCGUUUGACAACCAUGAACUCUACCUUCAACCAACUGACAACAGCAAGAGUUUGACAACCAUGAACUCUGCCUUCCACCAACUGACAAAAGCAAGAGUUUGACAACCAUGAACUCUGCCUUCCACCAACUGACAACAGCAUGAGUUUGACAACCAUGAACUCUGCCUUCCACCAACUGACAACAACCAUUAACAAGUUACCUUCUUCCAACUGACAACAGCAAGCGUCUGACAAUCAUGCAUAUUAUUGCCAUGCCCAGUGCUAAAUUGCACUGGCUUUUAUAGCAAGGUGGAGUCAAACCCGUUUAUAACGACCACGCGUUUACUAGAAUGGAAAGUUGCCUUUGUGAGGUGGACUAUAUUCGCAGAAUGACACAAAUAAAUAAACUGGAAAUAGAAAGUGUUGUAUUUAGAGCUAACUUAUUCAUGUUAAAAGAUGGUGUCCAUCUUAAAUUUUACAAUACUAAAUGCCCGUAUCUAUACUCUGAGUAUCUCUUGCUUACACCAGGAACGUUUUUGGUCUGUUACAGACAGGGAUACAGUCAGUUUCAGCGCCUACAUCCUUUGACAUAUGUCGCAGAUUUGUUAUGUCUGUUUCACUCACUUGGUUAGUUCAAUAUACUACUAGUAUGUAAUAUCAAAGUGUUCUUAAAGGCUCACAUCGUAUUGCCGGAUGGUAAAAUGUGCCAUAUUUCUGUCAAUGUGCCUGUAAUUUUGUUACGUUUAAAACUGUAUAUAACUAUGUUUAUGACAUUUAUAUUUGUUGGUCUGUGUGAACAUAAAUAGCGAGCUAAUUAGCUGAAAUCUGCAAAAUAAAAUAUUUCU